CCCACACAUGAUUGUAGCCAUCUGAGAGUAGAUAAAAAUCAGAAACGCCACCCUUGAAAAUUCAAGAAAUACUCCACUUCUCCUACUCUUCAUCGUUGUCCUCAAGAAAUCAAUUCUUUCUCUCUCUACCAGUCCUUUGAGCCCCUGAAAGAAUGGCUGUUCAAUUGUGGGAGACCUUAAAAGAAUCAAUCACAGCAUAUACAGGGCUCUCGCCAGCUACCUUCUUCACCACUAUUGCUGUAGGCCUGGCCCUUUAUUACAUGGCCGUAAAUUAUUUCGGUUCUUCUGAUGAUGCACAUCACCGUGGUUCCGGGGAGUUUGAGGAGCAGUUGCAGCCUCUUCCUCCUCCUGUUCAGGUUGGUGAGAUUACUGAUGAGGAGUUGAAACAGUAUGAUGGCUCUGAUCCUAAGAAGCCUUUGCUCAUGGCUAUCAAGGGUCAGAUCUAUGAUGUCUCCCAGAGCAGAAUGUUUUAUGGGCCUGGUGGACCUUACGCCUUGUUUGCGGGAAAGGAUGCUAGUCGAGCUCUUGCAAAGAUGUCUUUCGAACAAAAAGAUCUGAAUGGUGAUCUCACUGGCCUGGGUGUAUUUGAGCUUGAAGCUUUACAAGAUUGGGAAUACAAGUUCAUGAGCAAGUAUGUGAAGGUUGGAACUGUCAAGUCCACCGUGCGAGUAAGUGAUAGUGCUGCUGAAGGCCAACCACGCGAGGCUGCUGAAAGUGAUGCUGGUAAGCCAGCAGAAGCUGCUGAUGGUGAUGUCGGAAAGCCAGCUGAAGAUGGCACAUCGGAGAGUGCUGCAAAGGAAACUGAGGAAGCCAAAAGCGCUGGUGAUGCUGAGAAAAAGGAGUGAUUUCCAAAGAGCAAUGAACUGCCAAGCUGGCUGAAUCAUCGGCUGCCUGGUUUGCCUUGUUUUGCAUGGAGGAUCAUACAAAGUGUAGGAUAAAAGUUAUAUAUCAAAGCUGAUUAAACAUCCCGUUGUUGGAUAAUGACUUGUUAAGUUGGGGAUAACAGUAGUUUUCCUGACUUCCUUGUGAGGAGUGGAUGAUUCUUGGAACUCCUUUGUUUUAGUGAUUUCAUCCAUAGACUCUUAUCGAUGUAUUCUUACUUCUGGAAGCUAAUAUAUGCUUUGGCCAUCCAUUUUCUUGGCUGAAAUAUAUUUCUAGUA